GCUGCGGUUCAGACAGCGCGGGAAGGAGAGGAGAUUCCAUGAUGCGGACUACCAGGUCCCAGUCUCGGGGCCAAAGCCAGAACACCAUCGACUUUCCAAAGCGUAAAUCCAUCAGAACGCCACAUAAACCGCAAGAGAAUGAGAGAACUUCAAAGCUGGACCCGAUGGUGCCGGCUGCUUCACCACGUUCCUCUGGGAAACAGGUCUUGCCUCUCAGCCCUCGCAAACGCCUAGGAGACGACAACCUCUGCAAUGUGGCCCAGGUGUUGUCUUGCUCGCCGACGAAGCAGAGCAAGAAAGAGAACAGCUUGUCACCCGCCUCUCCCAAGGGACGACGUUUGCUCUUCAGUAAACAAUCAGCUGUCAAGUCUCCUACGAAGAGUGACGCUUUAGCCCCCUCUCCCCUCCGGAGAUGCCAGGAGACCCCCAAGGCUUCUCUGCAAGGGCACCCUAGGAGAGAGUCGGUGUGUGCUCGUCUUUUCAAGCAAGAAGGCACCUGUUACCAGCAAGCGAAGAGCCUGCUGCACACGGCUGUCCCAGACCAGCUGCCCGCGAGGGAGAAGGAGACGCGCUUCCUGCAUCAGUUCCUCAAGGAGCAUGUCUGCGGAGAGAAGCCCGGAAGUCUUUAUAUCUCUGGAGCUCCAGGCACAGGGAAGACCGCCUGCCUUGGCAGGGCCCUGCUGGAUUUGAGGAAGGAGCUGGCAGGCAGCAAGAUCAUUGUCCUGAAUUGCAUGGCCUUGCGGAGCUCCCAGGCUGUUUUCCCAGCUAUUGCCGAGCACCUGGGCCAGGCAGGAGCGGACAAAGCAGCCCGGAGCAACAUCAUCAGGAAGCUGGAGAAGCGGUUGACGGCAAAGAGCGGCCCCAUGGUUUUGAUUGUGCUGGAUGAGAUGGAUCAGCUGGACAGCAAGGGGCAGGAUGUGCUCUACACUGUCUUCGAGUGGCCCUCCCUCCCCGAUUCCCGACUCGUUCUCAUUGGGAUAGCCAAUGCUCUGGAUCUUACCGAUCGCAUCCUGCCACGCUUGCAGGCUCGCCCCAAGUGCCGGCCCCAGCUGCUCAACUUUCCUCCCUACAGCAAAGACCAGCUUGCUUCCAUCCUUGAGGAACGCCUGAAGCCAGUGUCCGGGGAGCAGGUGCUGGACUGCGCCGCCAUCCAGUUCUGCGCUCGGAAAGUCUCAGCCGUCUCUGGGGACGCUCGCAAAGCUCUGGACAUCUGCAGGAGGGCCAUUGAGAUUGUGGAGUCUGAUGUGAAGAGCCAAACCGUCCUCAAACCGCUGUCUGACUGCAAAUCCCCUUCCAAACCACCUGCAGAUCCUCUCGUGCCCAAACGGGUGGGGCUGCUGCAGAUAUCUCGGGUGAUCUCCGAUGUGUACGGCAACCGGAUGGCAGCUGGAAGCGGCUGUGGAGACGGCGAUUCCUUCCCGUUGCAGCAGAAGAUUUUGGUCUGUUCUUUGUUGCUUUUGGCGAAGCAACAGAAAGCAAAGGAGGUGACCCUGGGGAAGCUGCAUGAGACCUACAGCAAGGUUUGCCGGAAGCAGCAAGUGGGAGCUCUUGGCCAAUCAGAGUGCCUCUCCCUGUCAUCGUUGUUGGAGUCCAGAGGCAUCCUGGGACUGAAGAAGGCUAAAGACGUUCGGCUGACCAAGGUUUUCCUGAAAAUAGACAAAAACGAUAUCGAGCAUGCCCUCAAAGACCGUGUCUUGGUUGGAAGCAUCUUGGCUGGGGGGCUUUAAAAGGGUCGCAGAUCUCUCUCCUUGUGCGGAGGGCUUCUGGCGUGGCCCAGUUUCUUCCCGAGCUGUUAUACCUGUAGAACUGACCUUCGCUGAAUCGCAUCAGUUAGCUCUGAAUACGGAGGCACCGAUUUUUUAAAAACAAUCUUGGUGCAUCUUGUUGUAAAGAUGCCCUGUUUUUAUUUUCAAAACUUUUCCCCCUAAACCAUUAAGAUGGCUGUCGAUUGAUUCCUUUGUUUUUGGGAUGAAAUCCCCCCCCCAAAAAAAACCCCCAACAACAACAGUCUCUUAACACUCAGGAUGCAAACUUUUACAUGUUACCAAAUCAUCUCCUCUUGCUUUCCUGGUCUCCUGAACACCAAAGGAAUCCUUCUCUCCAUUGUGACAUCCUUUUCUUCACUACGCCACCCCUCCCCAUCCGUACACACACGCUGGAACUGGGUGUGCUGUUUCUGGUGCAUGCGUUGCACAUGAGUCGUUAAAACAUCAGAGAAGAAAGAGGACGGCGGGUGUCAGCAAAGAGAGCCCCGUUCGCAGAAACAAAAACGCUUAACGUCGCAGGAAGAACUCACAAGGCAGUCCCGUCUCUCCCGAGUCCUUUGAAGUUGGACUGUUUUCCGUGAAGCAGAUGUCAGUCUUGUUAAAGCUUAGCGUCUCAGGAGCCGGAAUGGGACUUAGUGCGGCGGGUGCAGGGGAGAGAGGAGAGAGAGAUGCACACAGACCUGCAGGCUCUGCGCAUCUUAACAUUUGUGAACUGCGGCUGCAGCCGUGACAUGGAGACUAGGUUAGGCCUGGGGGGCGAAGCGCCGGCUCACUUCAGAGCCCAUUCUCUCAAAGAGCCGGCUGGCUCGGUCUGACAUCUUUAGCUUGAAUUUAAUGCGAAUGUACGGGGUGGAUUUCUGAGUCGGAACCUGCGCUGUGUACGUGUCUUUGCAAAUACCCCCUUUUUUUUUUUUAAUCAAAUGACCCAGUUUGCACAUGAACUGUUACGCAUGUUCCUCUUCCUUUAAAGUUGCUUCCAUUGCAAUGAAGGACAACGUUCUGAACUCCCUGCUUUCCCCCUUCUGCCAAAUGUAUCGACAGACAUAUUUUAACAGCUGGAAUAUUAAUUUCUUCUCAUUAUGUGUGGUUUUUUUAAGUUCGUAGAUUAAAAUAGUCCGUUUGCUAUU